UCUUACUACCUUUUUAUCCCAAAUUAAAAAAGAAAGAGAAAAUAGCACCAAGUUUUACGACCUUUGCCGUGAAGGGCGGCGACGGUGGUGAUUGUCCGGCGAUCUCUUAGCUUUCAAAGUACUUCUCCAGCAUCCUAAAUUGAGUGCAUAAAAAUCUGGUUAGGUUGUGGAUGGUAGCUUUUUCCUCUACAAAUCGCCAUGGCUUUUUUAUUUCAGAAAUUUCAAGAGGCUGUGAAAACCCUUUCGAAAAGUCCUACUUUUGCUAGGGAUCCUAGACAGCUACAAUUUGAAGUUGACAUUAACCGCUUGUUUCUUUAUACAAGCUACAAUCGGUUGGGGAAGAAUGCUGAUGAAGUAGAUGCUGAAGAGAUUAUUGAAAUAGCCAAUAAAGCCUCUUUUGCCGAUCAACAAAUGCAAGUACAAGAAAAUGUUCAUUCUCAAAUCAAAACAUUUUGCUUGCGAAUGGAUGAAAUUCUUAUUCCAAAUGAAAAGAUGGUGAAUGACCACCUAAAAUUAUCUCAACAAGCGAACAGUUCACUUCACCAUAGCGGGCUUUGUUCUGCCAAUGCUGUCUCUAAACAAAGACCAUUAAGUCAAGCUGAUGUUUCUCAGAAAUUAAAGGAUAAACUUGGCUACACACUUAAUAUUAAACCUUCUCAAAUAUCUCACAAGAAUUCUGGCCAAGGUCUAUUUUUAGAUGGUGCAGUUGAUCUUGGUGCUGUAUUAGCCUUUUAUCCUGGUGUGGUCUAUUCUCCAGCUUAUUAUCAUUAUGUUCCUGGGUACCAUGAUGAGCAGAAUCCGUAUUUGAUUAGGAGAUAUGACGGGACUGUGAUCGACGCCCAACCUUGGGUUUGUAGAGGUGACGGUCCAGAACGAUUCAAUGGUAGAAAAAUGUUAGAAAACAAGCUUGAUAAUGGUGAUGAUGACGUGGUUGAGCGUAGAAACCCGUUAGCCGUAGCGCAUUUUGCUAAUCACCCUGCAAAAGGGUUGCUUCCAAAUGUCAUGAUUUGCCCUUAUGACUUUCCAUUGACUGAAAACAGCAUGAGAGUUUACAUACCCAACAUAUCAUUUGGCAAUGCAGAAGUGAGCUUGAAGAGAUUUGGCAGUUUUUGGUUCAAAUCUGGAAUUUCAAGAAACAGUCAAUCACAAGUUCCUACCCUGAAAACUGUUGUUCUGGUAGCAACUAGGGCUCUUGAAGAUGAAGAACUCCUCCUGAACUACAGGCUGUGCAACUCUAAGCAGUGGCCAGAAUGGUAUGCUCCUGUGGAUGAAGAGGAUGAGAUGACAGGAAAAGAUGAAAGUAGCCGAUAACAACAGUUUUCUGUAGAAAUUCAGCAUACCUUUCUCGUAGUGGCUCAGUGAUGCCAUUUUUUUUUUCCUUUCCCUGCUUUUGCAUGGAAGCUGUAGUAGUCUUCAUUAUUUUGAUAUUAAUCUCUAAGCUGUCAGAAUAAGGUCAUAUCUUUUUGUGAUGAAUGAAACUUGUGAUGUACGGGGAUAAUUUUGGCUCCUUCUUUAGAAAUUUAUACUGUUUAGUAUGAAUUUUUAGCAAUUGCAAAAGUGAGAAUUAAUAUGUAUUUUUUGACUAUUAGAUUUUGUAUUUUUAGCAUUAUAUGUUCAUCGUUUAUUUUUCAUUUAUAAUAUCAUUUAUUAUUUUUUA